AUGAGGUCCUCUCUUCGUGGCAUGCGAGGCCGUUUCAUCGUUAUCGUUCCCAUUUUGGUUAUCCUGUCACCUCUCCCACAGGCGAAUGCCCAGUACUUCAUCCAUUCUCUCAGCAUUGGAGAGUCCUUAUGCAAUUCUGACGUCGUGGCGGGAACCAUGAUCUCGGUUGCAUGGACUGUCGACAACAUCAGUGUUACCGGCAACGAUACCUGCUGGUUGGCCAUCCGUCCCACAUGGAACACUGUUGACGACAACGCAUACGUGAAUGGUGUUCAUAUAAAGUGCUCAUUCACCUCCACCAAUAUCAACAUUCCCCUUACGCCUUUCGAUAAGGAUUUACCGUUCAAUGGAAGUACAUACUCUGUCAGGCUGAUAUCUCCCGCUCCCAACAAUAUCAUGUUGGAUUCUUGCCCUUUCUCGAUCCAAGCACAAGGAUGGCAGCCGCCGUUGAGUGAGUCCGAUAGACUUGCACAACAAGCAAACGUUCUUGCAAACCAGGCCAACCAAGCUACUCGGACGAGCACCAUCAUCGGUGGUCUUGGUCUCGCGGUGGCUCUCCUCGCGGCCUUCCUUGGGGCUUAUCUAGCACACUACUUGCAGCAGCGAAGACCACGACCGGUGGCUUUGUCAAACGUGUGCAGACGAGCUAGACGUCAGAAAUCGAUGGUUUCUACGGUUCAACAAGACCCCGGUGUCAUGACUCAAUGGUUUGAUGUGUGA